AUGGAUUCCGGCGGUCGCAACCACGGGGAGGACGAAUUCGCUGGACACGUCGACGUCUUCUUCAAGAUUGACGACGAGCUGCGUGGUGCCUCGGAAGAAAUCAAAGACUUGAAGUCGAGCAGAUCGUCGCUCGAAGGGAGAAUUGCUCGUCACAUGCACGAAAACGGUAUCCCCGAAACUAUUUCGCCUUCCGGCACAAUCAAGAUUUACAGUACCAAGAGCAGUGCUCCCAUGAACAAAACCUUGAUCGAAGAGUCUGCCACCGAGCUGUUCGGCGCCGAUCAGGCCGCGCGUUUCAUGAAGCACGUUGAGGACAAGAGACCGGUGACUGAGAAAAUCAAAAUUAAACGAGUCUCUGUGCCGUCAAACAAGGCGACGGCAAAGACGAAGUACCCGAAGAGCGCCGGGCCUCAACCGACUGGAUGA